GGAUUUGUCAAAGUAAUCAAGAACAAAGCGUACUUCAAGCGUUUCCAGGUCAAAUUCAAGAGACGACGAGGUCAGUUUUACCUAAAGUACAUGACAACAAACUUUCCUUGAAGUCGCUGUUGCCUUUUUAAGUCAAAUCUUCCCAUGCUACAGGAACUCACCGUUACAUGGCUGUGUUUUGUUCUUAUAACAGAGGGUAAAACCGAUUAUUAUGCCCGUAAACGUCUGGUGACCCAGGAUAAGAACAAGUAUAACACGCCUAAGUACCGAUUUGUCGUUCGUUUCACAAAUAAGGACAUCACAUGCCAGGUAGGUACUAAACUUGUAGAGCAUCGUAUGUAAAUCUUAUUUUUCCCCAUAUUUGUAAAAACACGUGGAAUCUAAAAGUUCUUAUGAUCUAGUAAAUAAUUCUCCUAUUUAGCUGCGGCACGAUUAUGUGUUAAUUUGAUUAAGAAUUUGGAUGAGUUCAAGAAAUCGUUUCCCAGCUGAUGUCUGUUUUGACUGUCGUGGCCUGUUUGGCUAAUAGUUCUAUGAAAUUGUGAGGAGGGAAGACUUACUCAUCAGUCUAACAAAGAAGAAGAAGAAGAGGGUUAAAUUUUGAGGAAAACUGAGGUACUGGAUCUUUGGAAAUUGAACAAGAUUUAAGAGGCAGAUGUGGCCAACUAAUGGCUAGUGCACUGGACUCUGAGUUCAGAGGUCUGGGUUCAAGAUCUUGCAGGGUCAUCCUGUUGUGUUCUUGGGCAAAUAGGGGUUACAUGGGUACUAGCAAAAUUUCAGGAAGUGUGAUGAAAUGCUGAGAAGUAACUCUUGCAAAGGAAUGUAGUCCCAUCCAGGGGAAAGAGGUUUACUCUCAGCCACCUCAUUCUACAGAAACUAGGAAAUAACCUCCAGUUAUUGUUUUACACAAGAUUAAUACUUAAUUAUGAAUAUUUUGAUGGGUGUCUAGAAUUCUACUGGAAUAACAUGGCUCAAUAAAAGUUGAUGUCAUCAGAUUUCAUGUUCCUUAAUAACUGUACAACUUAUUUAAUUGUGAAUGCAUGGGUUCAAGUAUCUGAUACUAUUAUGUGAAUAUUUUGGAUUGCUGUAAGUGUUGUUGUACACUAGUUAUAGUAGGAAAGUACAUCAGUUUCCAUUUUUGUUGAGUGCUUGAUUUGAGUUGUGCAACUUUUUUCAAAGUUGUGUUAAUCUAUUCUGUGUUUUUCCUCUUUUAGUAACGGUAUCUGAAAACAUUGUUUUGUCUAAGAUUUCAACAUUUAAAAAAAUACAAAUAUUAUUUGUAAUCAGCCUAGUUUUACUUACUGUAACUCAUUAUAUUGCAGAUAGCGUAUGCCAAACUCGAAGGGGAUGUUAUCGUUAGUGCUGCUUAUGCACACGAGCUUCCUCGUUAUGGCAUCAAGGUCGGGUUGACCAAUUAUGCUGCAGCUUAUUGCACUGGUCUUUUGCUAGCACGUCGUGUAAGUUCUUUUGCUCCACACAAUUAAUCAAUCGAUAUACAUCACCUUAUUACUUAUUUAAUGUUUGUUUUCAUUUUUCCCUGUCUUUCUUCUUUUGGUAAUCAGUUUGUGUAUUCCAGUUAAUAAAGUUGGGAUGAUAUGUUGUGGGAUCCAUUUUCACAGCUAAAAAGGAACAAUUCAAAUGAAAACUAUACCCAUGAAAGCAUCAAAGGGGUUUGUAAACCAAAUUUCCAACACUUACAUGUAACUCAAUUAGUCUCUUUAAAGUUGAGGUUCUCUGCUUUGGCAGGAGUUCCCCUUAUACUGUACAUAAAUAUCAUCCUUUCUUACCCUCCACCAAAGUCAUACUAUAAGUUUUCUAUUCAAUCAUGUUUAAUGCAUCUUUAUGGGUUUCAUUCAAAACAAAUUUCAGGCAGUCUACUGCAACUUUUCAAGGCCUGUAACUGCCUUUUGGUUAGAUUUAAUGUCAAGGUUUGUUUGGUAACCCAUCAUAAUCUUGACUUUUUAAGAGUAUUGCUUCAGCUAACAAGGGCAAGAACAUUUUAGUUCUUCAGAAUUUUCAGCUACAGUAAAUUGUUGUUGUCAAGAUCUGAAGAAAUUGCAUGUUAUUCAAUUUGCUAAUUUUGAUUAGCAGUUGGUUACCUACCUUAUUUUCUGUGCUUUCUGUGACAGCUGCUCACCAAACUGAACCUGCACGAGAUCUACACAGGAACAGAUGAAGUCAACGGGGAGGAGUACAAUGUGGAAAGUGUUGAUGGAUCCCCAGGUGCUUUCAGGGCUUUCCUGGACGUUGGACUGGCAAGAACCACUACUGGAGCAAGGGUGUUUGGUGCUCUGAAAGGAGCAGUAGACGGGGGCCUUGACAUUCCUCAUAGGUAAGGCAGAAUACUGUUUAGAUGUGAAACCUCCAGUGAAAUGAAAAAUAUUCCAAUGAUUGCAGAACUUGAAUCAAACAUUGACAUUUUGAUUUGAAACUAUGACAACUGAAUCCUUUCAUGCCAAGAUUGAUCUGUACUCAACCCUUUUGCUAUUAGAUCUCACUUGUGACUCUCCUUACUGUAUGCCAUUUAAUGCUUAUGAUGUUAGUUCAGAGAAUUUAGUACUGGAUCAAGUAAUAAUCCACUAAUUGAUAUUCUCUCUAUUCUCAUCACUCAUCUGCCUGAUGUUGUAUUGACAUUGUAAAGAGAAAUUCUGUCUUCAUCACUCAAGGGAGUCAAAGGUUAACCUUUAAACUCCCAGGACAAACCGAAGACUUUCUCUUUACCAAAUCAAUGCAUUUUCAACCAGAAGGGUGCUGAGGAGAAGGAAAAACUCUUAAUUAUGGUUUAUUGUUUGAUUAAACACUGAAUUCUCUGGGAUAGAAUUUAAAAAAAUGUAUCACAGACAAAGCACAGAAUUGUCUCUGUGCCAUGAGAGUGAAAGGUUGAAAUUCUCCUUGCCUCCUUCACACACUAUCAAGCAUAAAGGUGGUGAGUAAGGAAAGUAUCUAUCAGGAAUUUAUGUUGGGUCUUGCAUAUAAUUGCUUGAGUAUUUGUCUGGAAUCUACCAUGCUGAUUUUAUGAACUUUGCCUUACUGAAGUGGUGAUUGAAUAUGAAGAAUGCUCUUUGUCUUCAGGAAUUGCUUACUUCCUUUAUUUUCCACCUAAGUAUAGUACAUUUUGCAACAGGAAGGACAUGGAAAGGGAAUCAGUUCAAGGUUACAUGUGACCCAUUGCUGUCAUGUAAUUUAUUCCCAAGUUUUGCAGUUAAUACUCCCAGUGAUUUCAAUUUGUUGUUCAGCAAUGGUGCCCACUACUUAAAUCACUUUCACCUAGCGUUUUAAUGACAAAUGCAAUUAUUUCUGUAUUGUUGUUUUCCACAGCAUGAAGCGUUUCCCAGGUUAUGAUUGCGAGUCCAAAGAAUUCAAUGCUGAGAUCCAUCGUAAUCACAUCUUUGGUCAGCAUGUAGCAAAUUUCAUGACAGAGUUGAAAGAACAAGAUGAAGAGGCUUACAAGAAACAGUUCUCUCAGUACAUUAAGAAUGGCAUUGAACCAGAUCAGGUUAGGACUUACAUGUAAUUUUAUGUUUGAUGAAUGUUUUUUUGGUUGACCAAAAUGAUCUUAGUGUUUCUAGUAAGCAGUAUAGUUGACAUUGACAUGCAUUUUUGGAGAUUGGUGCAGCGUCUUAAGGGCAGCCAAGAAGAAAAUGGUAAAGGCAAAAGAAAAUGUUUACCUCAUUAAAACUCGGCUGUAGAAACAAUAGUACUUGUUACAUGGCCAUCAACCACAGUUCCCCAAUGGGCAACUUAUGCUGCAAAUACAGUGCUGUGCAGGGAUCAAAAUUUUUUUUUUAAUGCUGUGGAAACCAAUUUGGUGGCACUGUAAUAGCAUAAACAAUCUUAUUUUAAUGGUGAUAAUCAAGUCCUUUGAUUUGAGCAGUCUUAUCCAAAAACCACGCAAACUUUCCAGUUCUUCAAAUUCUUCAUGAACUACAAAGAGUAUUGAUUCCAUGGUGUUCACAGAUUGAGGAGCUCUACAAGAAAGCCCAUGCUGCCAUUCGUGAGGAUCCUGUGGCCAAGCCUUCACAGAAGAAGGAAGUCACACCCAAGAGGUGAGCUCUAUCAAACUGAUUCUGUUCAUGGAUUGGUUGGUCAGUCACCAUGGUGGUAUUAAAAUCUGGAGUUGCUUUGAACCUAUUUGGUUCUGUGACUGUGGACAUAGGUUAUGAUUGUUGCAGUGUCAAGCAAUUUUUGAACAUGCAUUUUUUUUUUCCAGGUAUAACCGCAAGAAGAUGUCCCUCCAACAGCGCAAGGCUCGUGUUGCACAGAAGAAAGCUUACUUCCUGAAGCAGCAGGGUGACGGUGAAGAUGAGGAAGAGGAUGACGAGUGA